AUGAGCACCUCAGCGCCGGCGGCACUCGCGGCCGCUGCUCAGCAGCAAGACGAGACGUUUCGCAAGGUCAUGCGCGUCCUCGUCGUCGGCCUCCUCGUUCUAGGCGUCCCAAUGGUGCCUCUCAACCAUCCAAAGCUCGGCACCGUCGCCGUCAGCCCCGUCCAGGUGUGCACGGCGUACUCGUUAGACCGCAAGAUGAUCGAGCCAUGGAUGGCGGUGGCGGCGCUCACGCCCACGGCAGCGGCGCACAACGCGGCGCGGCGGCUGCGGUGCGGCGUGUUCAAGCAGAAGCGCGCGUGCCAGCGCAGCGACGUCUGGGCCGACGACAUCCUCACCUCGCUGCGCCCCCUGUACCGGGCCAAGGACGUCGUCACUGCGGUGAGCAGCACCUUCGGCGACGACGCGCGCUCGCAGCUGUUCGUGGCGGGCUGCUGGUUCUUCGCCGCGGCGUCGCUCUUCGCGGUGAUGCACAGCUCGAUCCUGAGCGUCCUCGGCGCCGGCAUGAUGAUGCUGGCGUGCUUCCAGGCCGGCGUCAAGCCGCUGUGGGGGACGUACCUCCUCGGGUACCUCGUCGCGGUGACGUUCCGGUCGCCCGGGCUGCGGUCGCGGCGGAUGCGGAUGGCGCAGCGCGCGCAGCAGGUGCAGCGCAUCCGCGAGCGCGAGGCGGCGGAGCGGAGCAGGAAGGAGCGGGACGCGGAGGUGCAGCGGGCGAAGGAGGUGCUCGAGGGGGCGCGGGGGCCCGGCGGGGAGGAGGUGGUGGUCGGGGGCGCGGCGGACGGGGCCGGGAAGAAGGACAAGUAG